AUGACACUCAACGUUCAUUCACCUAAGCACGUGUGGAGAGAUGAUGACAAAAUCCUCCUUGCAUUGCUGUACAAGUUUUAUGAGAUUUCGAGUCAAGACUUGGCUAAGAUCUUCAACACGCUCAUUACGGAUCGACUUGUUCAUGAAGGAUUCAAUGAUGGACUCACAUCCACAGCACUUAUGGCACAAAUUCGAGAUCUCAAACGGUCGCGUCGCGGAGCGGAAUUUCAAAGAAUUCAGUCUAUGACAAUGAAUUCUGCAAGAACUAGCUAUCGUCUCUAUCGUGAUAGCAUCGAGGAUACCGCUUACAAUCUCCGAAUCAUACUCAAUCUGCGUGUUCCGCCACCAGAAGAAGUGACACCCGCGAAGCGCCUGAGUCCCACACCAACAGCUCUUCAUGAGUCUGAAGAUGAGGUCGAAAGUCCCCGGAAAAGACGAAGAGUGCGGCAAAUCCUCAAAGCAAGAACAUCAUCAGGGCCAAUCAGAAGGUCAAAGUAUUUUCAAAAAUUGUCCACUCCCGCUUCACCAAGUUCAGCCUCGUCUUAUUCAGAUUCAGAUUCUUCGGGAAGUUGGUGUACCGCGGCUAAUUCCGACCGCACCGAAUUCCAAACUCCAGAUGAACAUUUUCCAGAGUCGUCGGCUAGGAUCCCGCCGCUAUUAAGGAUCAACUUCGACAACGAGAAGAGGAGUGCAGCGAGACGACCACGACUGUUGUUUCGAGCAUUUGACGCCAAGCAUGGGUUUAAAGCUCGACGCUUUUUGGACUCAUCAGUAGCUGCACCGCCAGAGCCAGAGAGUCAGGAGUUCAGUGACGAAGUCCUCCCACAUCUCACAACUGACCGACGCCAUUUGUCUCCAUUUCUGUCAUGGACUGAAAAUCCAGAAAGAGCCCUUAAGCUUCUGGUCAAGAACAGCGAGACUCCACGUUGUCUCGCCAUUUUUGAUUAUAACGUGAUGGAAAGGGAGCUUGAAAACAGACACGGAAAAUGGGCUGGCCCAUGGGCCGUUCCUCCCAUUUGCAGACAUUUUGGAUUUGAUGUCCUUCCAAAGGUCUCCGAUAACUCUCAUUCUAACCAGGUCGACAAAACCCAUAGUUAUACUGGCACCGGGGAAUUUCUAAGUUGGGGUUGUGUCGAGUCCGAACCCGUGGCUAUCAUUGAUUACGCGACGGCGCACCAACUAUGGGGAAUGAUGAGAUACAUGAAGAAGACCACUGGCAUUGGUUUCACUUCCGGGAAAAGUCUUGCUAAGUGUCUCCACGGUGUUCGCGAGGUAUACAAAGAGGUGGUAGCAUACAAACUUCUACGCAGUUUCAAGAUUUCAGGCUAUGAGAAAGGGCCUCACGGUAUCGAGUACGAGAAUUUCAUUGAAGGAGUCUAUGGAACAGAUCCUUGGUCUGAAAUUAGAGCUUCAACGAAAAAGUGGCAAUCGAAAUUAACCAACCCCGAAGCAGAGCGAGAGACAUCCGAUGAAGACUGCAAGGAUGCUCCCAGAAAUCACAGCAAGCUCCAGCUCAAAUCGAACCUCGACCAAAUACGGAAAUUCACAUUCACAGACCCUCCUCGACAGAAUAACGGUAUCAUCGUUGAAAUCCAAAACCCAGCAAAACUCAAAAAGAACUUCCCAAAUGAAAAAUCAAUCCAGCCUCUGAAUAUCAACGACAAGACCCGAGAUCCUUGUACUGGCAUUGGAGGGAAAAUCUCUCCCCAGUUUAAGCUUACCAUGGAACCACAGCCAGCAAAGCUAAAGGAAUCAAAUGUCAAUCCUGCCAUCCCAACGAGCACUUGGAGUAAGAAGCCAAACGAAACACCAGUUUCGGGGAAAGAGGACUUGAAUGACGAUGAACCGAUCAUCAUCGCCACCACGACGCGGCGCCAUGAGCGCACUCGAACCCGUGCCAUGCCCACAAUUCGAAGCCCAAGCGUUUCUGAGACAGUUGUCAUUAAUGAAAGCAGGUGGAGAUGA